AUGCCCUUUAAUUGCUUUGGACUUCUUGAUAUGUGCAAAAGCAAUGAUCAUCUUGGACACAAAGAAGCUGAAGAGAUCUGCACCGACAAUGUGAGAGUCUUUUCAUAUAACUCAUUAAGAUCAGCCACAGAUAAUUUCCAUCCGUCUACCAGAAUUGGUGGUGGUGGCUUUGGCGUUGUCUACAAGGGAGUAUUGAGAGAUGGAACACAAGUAGCUGUGAAAUCACUUUCAGCAGAAUCUAAACAAGGCACAAGAGAGUUCUUAACCGAGAUCAACUUAAUAUCAAACAUUCAUCAUCCUAACCUUGUUAAACUCAUUGGCUGCUGCAUCGAAGGGAACAAUAGGAUUCUUGUCUAUGAGUACCUUGAGAACAACAGUCUUUCUAGUGUCUUGCUCGGUUCGAGGAGUAAGUAUGUUCCAUUAGAUUGGUCCAAACGAGCUGCUAUUUGCGUUGGGACAGCUUCUGGUCUAGCUUUCUUGCACGAGGAAGUUGAACCUCAGGUUGUUCACCGUGACAUCAAGGCGAGUAACAUCUUACUAGACCAAAACUUUUGUCCCAAGAUUGGAGAUUUUGGGUUGGCAAAGCUUUUUCCAGACAAUGUAACUCAUGUCAGUACCAGAGUCGCUGGAACAGUGGGAUACUUGGCUCCUGAAUACGCACUUCUAGGUCAGUUAACAAAAAAAGCAGACGUUUACAGCUUUGGGAUACUUGUGCUUGAAGUCAUUAGUGGUGGUAGUAGCAGCAGAGCUGCCUUUACAGACGAGUUCUUGGUUCUUGUCGAAUGGGUAUGGAAGCUGAGAGAAGAAGGGAGGCUACUAGAGUGUGUGGAUCCUGAUCUAACUACGUUUCCACAAGACGAAGUGAUACGGUUCAUUAAGGUGGCUCUGUUCUGCACUCAAGCCGCGGCACAGAAGAGACCAAACAUGAAGCAAGUUGUGGAGAUGCUUACCAGGAAAGAGAUUAACCUCAACGAGGCAGCCUUAACGGAGCCUGGUGUCUAUAGAGGUGUCAACAAGGGACGUAACCAUCGUGGCCUUGGUCUUAGAGGUGGUCCCUCACAUGAGAGCUCAACAACACAAGGUUACAAAGGGAAAAGUUCAGCGGCUUCGGCUUCUGUUAUUACAUUUCAGAGUAUUACAGAGGUGGCUCCUAGAUGAUGAUGAUUAUUUCUGUUGAUAGAGCAGAUUAUAUUUAUAUUCUUGAGUAUAUUGAUUAGCUUCUGAUGUAUUAGUAGUAUCUUUAUAUACAUAUGGUCCACUUUAAAUGAGGAGAAAUAUAUAUUAUUAAUUCGGUAACAUAAUGAAGAUUUUGUUGCUUGGACUGCAAGAAGCAUAAGCUUAGGUCUACUCUUACAAAUUCAC